GAAAGCGGCCGCUAGCCUUGCCGGCAAAGCAGCCGCAGGAGGACACGGGCAGCAGAAGGCCAGCCGGCAUCACCACUAAAUCCCUGCGCUUUUGGUCUUGCGCCCGCGGAUGGUAAGCCAACCGGGCAGCCGCGGGACAAAAUGGGAAGCGAAGCGAAGCAGAGCGCAGGCGCAACAGCGCGGCGGCACAGUACCCAUCACCUCACUGCUCCUCCCCAUUCCCCCAAUCCUUCCUUCCUCGCCAAGCGCCCGCCUUUCCCCUCCUCGGCGCCGGCCGGCAGUGGCUCCGACCCGAUCCCCGGCGCGCGCGCACGGAAUCCUCUAUCCGAUGAAGUGGUGUUGUGCUCGAAACUCCAUUGACUAUCCUCUACUUUGAUAAUCUCUUACCCAAUUGGAAAAUUGGACCGCUUUUUUCAGCCAAUGGGGAUUGUCAAGAUAAAGAGUGGUGAGCCUGCAGCAAAGAGUGGUUACAGCUGUGGAGAUGAGGACCUUACACAAGAUGACAGAAUGCUGCUUCAGAGCUUUCCUAUUCAUGAAUCUGAUGACUCUGAACUUGCAGAGGUGGACUGUGAGUUUGCAAUGUCCAGAGGUCAGGUGUGCAAUGUGCCAUAUGGGCUUUAUGAUCUGCCUGACUUGACAGAGGUUCUUUCUUUGGAGACGUGGAAUUCAUGCCUGACGGAAGAUGAUAGAUUCUAUCUAGCAGCCUACCUCCCAGACAUGGAACAACACGACUUCGUUACAACAAUGAAAGAGCUGUUUAGUGGUGAUGCUAUCUUCUUUGGAAGUCCACUUAGAAGCUUUUUCCUUAGAUUGAACGGUGGGCUUUAUUCUCCACAAGUUUCUCAGGCAAGAGAGUUAUUAUUGAUGUUUCAAAGACGAAGACAUUAUCAAUUUCUGAUGUUGUACCAUGAUGGUAUGGUUGGUAAGUUUGCAUCCAUGGCCAAACUGUUGAGAAGUUCUGAUAUGAGUACUAGUCUUAGAGAGAAGGUUCCCAUCUCGCACAACCGGGUAUAUGAGAAACAGUUCCCAUGUGUAGGUCUAAGCAGUUCCACUCAACCAAUUAUUAUCAAGGGUGAGUCUGCCACUGUGUCACCAAUGAAGCGAGAUAAACUUAUGGACGGCUCAUUAAGCACUUAUCGUUCAAGCAGACAUAAUGAUACAGGCAAUGUAGCCAAAUCAGCAGAAAUGAACUCACUGGAAAGUCAAAUCUUCCAUCCUCUUUGUGAUCCCAGGCAAAAUUGUGGUAAACUACCAAAAGGUGUGCUGAAAAUAAGGACUGGUUGCGCUUCUCAUAUUGAUGGCAGUAAAGGUAUACAUCACAGACCUAGACUGCUUCUAGUUGAUCAGUUAGGAAUGCAGAGCUCCAGCUUUUUCGCCCCACCUCAUGCUUUUGCACAUGAUGUACAUGUUUAUUCUGAGAAUUCAUCUUCUCACCUCAACACAAACAGUGGUACUUCUGCUAGUUCAAGACGGAAUCCCUUGCAAUGGAAGGACACUUGUGCUCUGAUUGGCAAAAGCCCACUUGGAGUCCAAAUGACAGUUCCAGAGGAGCACAAUGCAGUUUACCCUUCCAUGAUGCUGAGAGGUUUCUAUCAGCCAGCAGCUAACCAUAGUUUAGUGUAUUCCAGUGAAGCAUAUGACACCAGAGAAUGUGGCCACAUGAAAGACCUUUUGAAGAACUUUGGUCAUCAGAACAGUAUAGUCCAUCAAAGUUCUCCUGAUCCAUGUGCAGGAGUUAGUGCUGGUCAUCAAGCGAAUGGAUACACGACACUGCACAGUAUAAGAAAUGCUGAAAGUAUUUCAGAGAUGUUGAACCUUGGCACAGGGAAAUUGUCAGAGCAGUUGGAAACGGUGUGCAAGUAUCAUGAUGGUGUGAAGCUGGAGGCACCUCCUGCCAAGCCUGUUACUGAAGUUGAAGAAGCUCGACAAUUCGCUUACACCUACGCAAGGAGGAAGCCGCACAAGAGGUCAACUAUGGUGGAAGAUACAGUGUCACCGGGUGUGCUAGACACCAACAUGAAAGUGAAAGCAAUCAAACUCUGAAGCUUGGCAAUUGCAAACAUUGGGAGCUGAAUAUAAUUGGGGAUAGAAUUUAGCAUCCAUCUGACAUAGUAAAUAAACAUGAAUUAGUUUUCCUUUCUCCUAUGACAACGAUAACCAAAGGCUACAAUUAGAGUAUUCGUCCGUUUGACAUCGGUAUAAGUAGUUUACACUUCAAUAAUCGAACUGUUGAAGUAUGCAAAUCAGUCAUAUCUGGCUGUUAUGUUCACGGAGAUUUUUGCCUGCUGCUGUACAUAACCAGGAUUGUCGUUUCCUGAUGAGCUGCAAUAUUUCUUCUGCUACAAUCAGGUCCUCAA